CGUCUGGGUACCGGCUCCCCGCGGUCCUGCGCCGGGCGGGCUGGCAUCGGGCCCGAGGAAAGCGGAGCAGGUUUGCGGGUGUAGGUGUCAAGUGUCGUGGCGCCGCACUCACGGCGAGAAUCGGGAGGAGGACACAGCAAGGACAGGCCCAGAAAAACAACCAGGAAAAAAAAAAACUCAUGGCAAAUAUCCACCAGAAAAACGAAGAAAUGGAGCAGCCCAUGCAGAAUAGAGAGGAAGACCGCCCUUUGGGAGGGGGAGAAGGCCACCAACCUGCAGGAAAUAAUAGACGGGGACAGGCUCGCCGACUUGCUCCAAAUUUCCGAUGGGCCAUACCCAAUAGGCAGGUCAAUGAUGGGAUGGGUGGAGAUGGAGAUGAUAUGGAAAUGUUCAUGGAGGAGAUGAGAGAAAUCAGGAGAAAACUUAGGAAGCUGCAGUUGAGGAAUUGUCUGCGUAUCCUGAUGGGGGAGCUCUCUAAUCACCAUGACCAUCGUGACGAAUUUUGCCUUAUGCCUUGACUCCUGCCAUUUUCCAUGAGAUGAAUACUGUGAUUCAACACUGUUUUCUUUUUCCUUGCAUUUUCCUGAUAUACCUUUACUGAUUCGUUUGCUGUGAACCUCAUGUAAUUUCCAUGUGUCAGGCGGGUUCUGUGUUACCAGAUUCCAAUUGAAGAUUGCCUUGGCACCCAGUCUAAGUUUCUGUCAACAGUAGAGUCACCCAGUUGCAUGAAAAAGUGUAAAGUUAAUAAAGCAAUUAAAAAGCAA